GCCUGCAAACCUCCACACAGAAGACCAGCUCAUCUCCUGUCCACAGUGCCUUCAGUAUAAUGGAGCUUGAACUGAAGAAUGUGAAACUCCAAGCUGGAGACAAGCUGCUCUUGGAAGGAACAGUUCUGGAAGAUGCAGAGAGGUUCCAGAUUGACCUGGGCUGUGACCCCGAAGAUCUCUCCCUGCACUUUAACCCCCGUUUCCAUGACGACAUUGAUGGAAGGGUCAUCGUGUGCAAUUCCAGGUGUGAAGGCUACUGGGGCUCUGAGCAGAGAGAGACCCACAACCCCUUCAACAGAGGGGCAAAGGUGAAGGUGACGGUAAAGCUUAUGGGGUCGGGCUUUGAGGUGGAGCUCCCUGAAGGACAGGCGAUCCACUUCCCCGACCGCCGUGGCCUGGAAGCCGUGACCUACGUCCGGGUCAGAGGUCACAUCAAACUCGGCACUUUCAAGAUCUGCUGAAGGGCCCGGCCAA